AGAGCGAGACAGGUAGUAAGAGGGAAGGAGAAGAGGAGGGGAAUGGCGAGCGAAGAAGAGAGUGCUGUGAAGGAGCCGUUGGAUCUGAUAAGAUUGAGUCUCGACGAGCGCAUUUACGUCAAGCUCCGCUCCGACCGGGAGCUUCGUGGGAAACUCCAUGCUUAUGAUCAGCAUUUAAAUAUGAUUCUUGGGGAUGUUGAAGAAACUGUCACUACAGUAGAAAUUGACGAUGAAACUUAUGAAGAGAUUGUUCGGACAACAAAGCGAACAGUUCCAUUUCUCUUUGUCAGAGGAGACGGAGUUAUAUUGGUUUCUCCUCCCUUGAGGACAGCUUAAUAGUUAUGUUAUUGAAAUAUGUAGUUGAUGCGUUGUCAAAUUUGAUGACAUUUUUAUGAGCCUUUAGCAGUUAUGAAGCUUACUGUUUUGAGACACAUGUAGCUACAUCGUUGUUGCUUAUUGAGUUUACUCUUUUUUAGCAUUGUCGACAUAAAACUUAAUGUACUUGAUGAAGCUUAAUGCAUCAAGUUUACUGUUUUUAAGCACUGUCACCUGGGUUAGUUUAAUAAUAUGAUUUAGAGAAGACUGAGAUCUGGAACUUGAUGA